UUUGCUCGAACCGCCGUUCAGAGUGGCAAUGAUCGUCUACCGGUUGUUGUUACCCUCAAGUCGGUUGCACUGCAGGCUAUCGGCUACCAACCUCGAUAGUGCGACAGCAGCAUGAUGGAUUCAGCCAAGUCUUGGGCAGCUAUUGCUGGAGAUCGUCACAAUCACUUAAAGGGCCGUGAAACUCGUCCCGUUCUUCGCUGCGUACUUCGGUCUCCUGAUUUCGUGGAAACCGUCACAUCAGAUACACCGGCACAAUGGUACUCGAUGCGAAAGACUCGAUCGAUGAGCGACAGUCUGUCGUAUACGACGAGAAGGCUCCCUCCUACGAGCAUCUUCGCGUCUUCAUGAAAGCAGGCCUCGAUCAAGAAGAUGCUCAGUUUAUGCAUGCCAUCCCGAAAAGCGAACAGGACAAAAUCUUUCACAAGGUCGACUGGCGGCUUUGUCCGAUGUUGGCAGUCUUGUAUCUGAUCUCACACUUGGAUAGGGCUAACAUCGGCAAUGCUAAGAUCGAAGGCCUCGAAGCUUCCCUCAACAUGACCGGAACCGACUACAACGUUGCUCUCAUGAUGUUUUUCAUCCCCUACGUACUUUUCGAAGUACCAUCGAAUAUCCUCCUUGCGAAGUUCAAUCGGCCGUCUUGGUACAUGGGUAUCUUGGUGCUCUGCUGGGGAAGUAUCAUGACUCUGAUGGGAGUUGUGCAGAAUUUUGGUGGUCUUUGUGCAGCCAGAUUCUUCUUGGGGCUUUUCGAGGCUGGAUUCUUCCCGGGCGCUAUCUUUCUUGUCGGACAGUGGUAUCCACCAGAUCGCACACAGUUCCGCAUGGCGCUGUUCUAUUGCGCCAGUGCAGCGUCAGGUGCCUUCUCGGGUCUUUUGGCUGCGGUCAUCGCCAAAAUGAAUGGGGUUGGUAACUAUGAAGGAUGGCGCUGGAUAUUCAUCAUUGAAGGCCUCGCCACAGUGUUGAUGGGUGUUGCGGUCUUCUGGUUGCUCCCUGACUCGCCCGACCACGCAGUGGGACGUUGGCUCUCGGAAGAAGAAGCUCGAUUCUUACGCUUGAACAAUAUAGUAACUCGAGGUAUCAAGAAGAAGCGGGGCGUCAACGCUGAUGGAAAGAAAGAAGGCAUCAAAUGGGGUAUCUUUGGUCAAGUCGCCAAGGACUGGCAGAUCUACCUCCAAGCCAUGAUUUUCGCCUCUAACGCAGUGCCCAACUACGGCCUGAAAUUCACGAUGCCGCAGAUACUCAAGAAUAUGGGGUUUACAUCGACGAAAGCGCAACUAAUGACCGCUCCACCGUACGCCUGUGGCGCCAUAUCCGCUCUCUUAUCGUCUCUGCUUGCAGACAAAUUCACCUGGCGAAUGCCCUUCAUUGCAUCAGGCCAGAUACUCCUGAUCAUCGCCUUUGCAAUACUCUUCGCCACAGCCGAAAACAUUAAAAGCAACGUUGCGCUUUGCUACUUCGCUGUGCAUGUUGCCUGCAUUGGUGUCUAUCCGAUUCUUCCUGGGUGCAACGCGUGGACCAUCAAUAAUCUUGCCGGGCCAGAGAAGCGGGCAAUCGGCAUUGCGACGAUGAUCUGUAUCGGCAAUCUAGGUGGCAUUGUGGGUAGCUUCAUAUAUCAGGAGAAGGAGAGCCCGAAGUAUCCGACUGGAUUCGGCACGUCGCUGUCUUUCGCGGCGGCAGGUCUAGUGUGCGCACUCACGCUCGAGUGGAUCUUCUGGCGGAUCAACAAAAAGAAUGGUGGAAAAACUGAGGACGAGUGGAGAGCGAUUUACUCUGAAGAACAGCUGGAGAAGAUGGGAGAUCGAAGUCCCCUUUUCAAGUAUCACUUAUAAUUAGUCUCUAUUCCACCGAGAGACGGAACCACGAGAUGAUCAAGUGUGCGU